AUGACGAUUCAAAAAGCUGACUACGUGCGUCAUCCCCAUGACAUUAUCGUUGCAGUAUUGAAAGCUUCGAGAUUAAAGACCGCCUCCAAAGUGGGAGAUCAUUACGACACCACAGUGCAGUGCACAUGCGAGGACUGCGAACUGACGGACGUCCUCUGCAACGGGGAGAGCGUCCUGGCCAGCGGACGGAUAACCGUGAUACCCGGGAAACUGAUCAGCUUCAACUUCCCCAGCUUCGAAGACACGAACGCCUGCGUGUAUUUGGGCGUAUUCAAAAAAGACGAUCGAUUAUACAAGAAAAUACUAGCCGUCAUAGAAACGGUCACCAUAACAACGAUGGAAGUCAUCGGUACUCCAAAAGAUGGCGAGCAAUUCGAACACCAUGUGCAUUUCUCGUGUGACAACGAUUGCUCCGUCGAGAAGGUUUCUGUAAACGGGAUACCGUUGGAAACUAACACCAGGAGGAGUUCCUCGGUCGGAUCCAUAGCGUUCUAUGAGGUAGUGGAGUCAUCUGUGAUUAUACGGAUAACUGAAUACUCGAACGCUUACGAAGGGGUCUACCAGGCUGUCUUCAGCACCAGCGAGGGACCAGUGACGAAAAACAUACUCGAAAUCAAGUUAGGAGAAAAUCUUUAA